AUGGCAGAACUUAAGAAAUCUAGUAAUUUUGAAAGCGUUUAUAAAUUCUUUGAGGAACUUUCUGCUAAAAGAAAUCACGAAAUGAUUCAAAAAGCCUGCGAAGAAGGACUUUGGAAAAAGACAAAUAAGUAUGAUAAUAAUGUACUUCAUACAGCAUGUGAAAAAGGAAAUCUCGGACUUGUCAAAUCACUCAUCGAAUGCGGUUGUGAUAAAGAAGCAAAGAAUAAUUGUGGAAAAACUCCACUAAUUCGUGCAUCAGAAAAAGGUCAUCUUGAAGUUGUUAAAUAUCUUAUCUCUAUUGGAGCUGAUAAAGAAGCAAAGAAUAAUAAUGGAUCUACUCCACUCAUUUGUGCUUCAUCUGAUGGUUAUCUUGAAGUUGUUAGAUAUCUUAUCUCUGCUGGAGCUGAUAAAGAAGUAAAGGAUAAUGAUGGAUAUACUCCACUCCUUUUUGCAUCAGAAAAAGGUCAUCUUGAAGUUGUUAAAUAUCUUAUCUCUGCUGGAGCUGAUAAAGAAGUAAAGGCUAAUGGUGGAUAUACUCCACUCAUUUGUGCAUCAUGGUAUGGUUGUCUUGAAGUUGUUAAAUAUCUUAUCUCUAUUGGAGCUGAUAAAGAAGCAAAGAAUGAUUAUGGAUGGACUCCACUCCUUUUUGCAUCAGAAAAAGGUCAUCUUGAAGUUGUUAAAUAUCUUAUCUCUGUUGGAGCUGAUAAAGUAGCAAAGGAUAAUGAUGGAUAUACUCCACUCCUUUUUGCAUCAGAAAAAGGUCAUCUUGAAGUUGUUAAAUAUCUUAUCUCUGCUGGAGCUGAUAAAGAAGUAAAGGCUAAUGGUGGAUAUACUCCACUCAUUUGUGCAUCAUGGUAUGGUUGUCUUGAAGUUGUUAAAUAUCUUAUCUCUAUUGGAGCUGAUAAAGAAGCAAAGAAUGAUUAUGGAUGGACUCCACUCCUUUUUGCAUCAGAAAAAGGUCAUCUUGAAGUUGUUAAAUAUCUUAUCUCUGUUGGAGCUAAUCAAGAAGCAAAGAAUAAAGAAGGAAAAACUGCAUUCGAAGUUGCAAAAGGUAAUGUAAGAAAUUUCCUAAAAGUUUAUGUUUAA